AUGUCUGGACUGAUAUCUGAUGAGGUCGCAGAGGACUAUAAGAACUCUUUGGAAGAUCUGACAAGCAACGACCGUUUCCAGAUCAGCAACUUGACAGUCAUCGCCAAAGAGAAUACUGAACAUGCCAUGGCCAUUUCCAGGGUAUUGGAGAAUCAUAUUAAAACAGCACCACCCCAACAGAAAUUGCCUGCUCUUUAUGUAGUUGAUUCCAUCGUCAAGAAUGUUGGCACACCCUACACACUCUUCCUGGGCCGGAACAUGUAUCAGACCUUCAUGAAUACCUAUGUACUGGUUGAUGCGCAGACCCGCCGCAAACUCGACGAAAUGCUUAAGACUUGGAAAGAGCCAGUCCCCGGCUCCUUGGACACUCGACCGGUUUUCUCUUCGGACAUCACGCGGAACAUUGAAAAUGCUCUGAUCAAGGCACGUACUGCAUAUUUACAGCAGUCUCGACAAACAGAGCCUGUCAACCGUGGUCGUGGUACACCAACUGGCUGGACCAACAGUCCGACGCCGCAGGGUAUCCCUCGACCCAGUCAACCCAAUCAGCCCUAUCCCACUCAUGGGCAAGGCUACAGUACACCGACCCUUCAAGCUUAUCAUUCGGAUGUGGACGUAGGCGGUCUCAACCGAGACCUAGAUUCAUUGGUGGCUUCAGCACGCAAUGACUUCGCUAACAGUCCCUUUGAUCCAAAUUCACAACAGCGUCUGAAGUCUUUAUUGGAUCUUCAGAAUAUCUUACAGCGACAGCAACUCAGUCAAAAGGACUUGAAACUCGUCCGGGAUCAAGUCUCUGCGUUGGCAGCAGCCGCCCCUGCCCAGACUCCUCUUCCUAAUCCUCCAAUAUUAACACCAGCUCCCGUGCCAACUCCUCCUGUGCAACCAAUUUCACGGCCUUUCCAGCAGCUCUUGAACCCUGGAACCCUCGCAGGGCUUAUUAAAGCUACAGCUGUUCGUCAACAGCCCACUCCACCACCGCAGAUUACUUCAGCUAGUACCACACCACUGCCUGUAGAGAAUCCUCUGAUCACAGCUCUUAGGUCGCGGGGGCUUUUGCCUGCCGCUUCUGCUCCACCUUCUCCAGCAUCUUCUGGAACGCCUCCUAUAAGAACAACUUUGCCAUUCCUUAUUUCUGGUCAGCUUCAGUCAAACCCUCCGGCUCCGGCACUCUCUCCAAUAAACUCUUCGUCUACAGUUCCUAUGAGUACUGUUUCGAUGAAAAUCCCUCGACUUGCUCUCGUCGUCUCUCUCUACGAGGCAAAGUCAAACAAAUGCGGAACAUGCGGACGUCGCUUUCCAGCCACCAAUGAAGGAAAGGAAAAGAAAGCACGGCACCUGGACUGGCAUUUCAAAACCAAUCAGCGCAUGGCUGACGCCGGAAAGCGGUCCCAGAACCGUAGUUGGUAUGUCGAUGAAAGGGAUUGGAUCAAGUCACGCGAGGCUGAUGACGAUCAAAUUGCUGCUGAUUCCGAAAAUAAUGCUGAAGGAGCCCAAGCCGAUAGCAACACAUCCAAACAACCUUCGAAGCCCUGGAUCCGGGCCCCGAAUGAUGCAAUUCUGCGCAACACACCUUGCCCCAUCUGCCAGGAGAAAUUUGAGUCGACAUGGUCAGAAGAUGUGCAAGAUUGGAUCUGGCAGGAUGCCGUCAAGGUCGGAAAUCGGGUUUACCAUGCCAGUUGUUAUGCUGAGGUAACCAAGGAUGGACCGGCACCGCGAAGCUCCACGCCACAAGCACGAACUGGCACACCGGAUUCAGUGCUAGGCAAGCGAAAGGCAGAGAAUAUUGAAUCUCCUGGUCAGAAGACUCGUAUCAAGACCGAGCCGGUCUAA